AUGGCUAGCGGGCAGUGUGGAUGCGGUCUUUGGCUUCCCCUCCCUCGUGCGCUUCACCUGGGCCACCGCCAAAACCACACGUCCCUUCUUCCCCUUUCCUUCCCCUCACCCCGCUAUUCCCCCCUAGACCCUGCAACGAAGGCGUGGCUAGCAGGCAGUGUGGACGCGGUGUUUGGCUUCCCCUCCCUCGUGCGCUUCAGCUGGGCCACCGCCAAGACCAUCAUGGAUGCCUCUUGCGUGCUCCCCUUGCCCCUCCUUCCCCCCCUAUGCCCCCCAGACCCCGCCAGAAAGGCAUGGCUGGCGGGCAGUGUGGACCCGGUCUUUGGCUUCCCCUCCCUCGUGCGCUUCAGCUGGGCCACAGCCAAAACUAUCAUGGAUAUUGUCGACCCGGUCUUUGGCUUCCCCUCUCUCGUGCGCUUCAGCUGGGCCACCGCCAAAACUAUCAUGGACUCCUCUUGCGUGCCUGUGCACUGGGAGGCGGAUGAAGCUGAGGAGGGGCAGGCGUGGGCGGUCAAGCAAUCGAGCCCCGCAGCUUCUGUCCCUGGCUCUGCUCCUUCCAAGCGCAAACGGAAGAAUGUGCGUAUUGAGUCUGUGGCACAGAAAAGGCACUCGUUCUUCCGGGCUCGCAAACUGCAGCUUGUCACCACCAGCUUGUAA